GAGAAUUUUUCCAUCAGUCAGAGUGUCAGAAAUAUGUUUUCCAAAAUCACAGAGGCUUUUCAAAUGAAGAAAAAAAGCACUGCCCUGAGACCGGUGGCGAAACCAGUAAGUGCUCCAACCAUGGCAGAGCUGAGACAAAGAGGGACAGCACCAAGGAGACCAAUUGGGAAUACGUUUAACAAGAAAUCAGAUGAGGGGAUGCUUCAAUACUACCGUGAAAUAUCAUUCAUGUCUUCACAGGAAGCGUAUCGAAACUUGCAAAGGGCUCCGAACACCGGACAAAGGGCUCCGGACACCGGACGUGCUUCUUCAAAUGUGCACAACUUAAUUAAGGGGAGAAGACCCACUUUUUUAGACUUCACCAAGAAGCGGUCUAGAGCUAGCUCCCAGUUAGUUUCACGUCGUGAUUCGGUCAUACACGAAGAGAGGAAACUGACGCUCUCCGACGCACUGACCCUUUUAGGGGAAGGUGUCAGCGAAGAGAGCCUCAUCGACAAACUGGACAGCUCGGCGAGGAUUGUGUUCAGGGAAAUGAAACAGGUUAAGUUCGGCAUACGUCAGUUCCCCAUGAGCAGUGUCCAGCCAGCUGUUGUCGGUGACAGCGAAAGCAAAUGUGUUGCACAAGUCAAUCAUACAAGAAAUAACACGCAGCCUGGAAAAGACACCAAAGUAACUCACUCUCCAUGUCCGAGUGGACUUCAGGAUGAAUUGAAUGAAACCCACCAGAGCAAGCCCGGGGAUGGUUUCUCGUCAAACCACUGUUCUCGGGAUUAUUUCAGUUCCACCUCAGGCGCCUGUGGGAAUUCCGUAACCAUCGCCCACGAGAGACGCAUGUCCAUUCAACCUGACCGCCCCACUAUGGGUUCUUUUGAUCUUUUGGAUUUGGAGCAACCCGUCAGCUCCAUGUGGUCCGAGGCGUUCCAGGACAGGUCAAACAACGCGAGUUCAAUAGAGAUCAACGAAACCCAGAAG